UCACGUAUUAUUUUCUUAAGGGAGUUGGGAGUAUGCAAAUAAGUAAUCUGAGUAUUGAAAACCCAAAAACUUGAGCCUUGCCUGGUUUCCAUGAGUACUUUUGGGAACAAUUUGGAUAGAGAUUUGAUACAUCUUUGUGUUUGAUUUAAGCUGUUGGAGCAAGUUAAACACUGCUCUAGUACAUGUUGAGUGUAUGAUUAACAAUACUUUUCCAUGAUUUUAAUUUUUUUUUUGACACACAUUAAAUAUUUUGAUUUUUGACUAAAAAUAAUUUUUAUAGCUUUAAAUUAAUAGUUUUAAUUAUUUUUUACAUAUCAAAUAUUUAAUUUUAGUUAAUUUUUUACAUAUAAAAAUAUUUAUAAAAAACAUUUUUUAUCAAAACAUUAAUUUUUGUGGAACGGAAUAUAAAACAACAAAAAAAAAGAUUUCCUGUCUGCGAAGAGAAUCUCCCAACAUAUGUUGUCGUCAAAAUGUUAUCCUCCAGUCCGGACCUGCUAACAUAUAUCCAUAAAACAUUAAGAAGAGCUAUCUACUACUUGUGUCACACCUUGCAGUUCCCAGACAAAAACAAGAAUCAAGAUCUCAAGUCUCAUAUGGGGUUCCAUUGAAUUAAACUCUCUUCCUUUCAUAAGGAGUCUUCACAGAAAAAAAACAGAUAAGAACACUGAUCCUAUUUGCAUUCACUAGCUGAUUGUAGCUUCACCAUUGACUAAGCUGCCUCUAUCUUCACCGUUGCUACUGCUACUGCUUUUCAUUGGCUUGUCACCAUUGGAUUCUUUCCUGACAUCUUUCUUCUUCCAGAGAAGUUCAUCCCCAGAUGCUCCUGUAGCUGCACGGUCCUUCGAUGAAGGAUUUACAUACUUCCUUGGUGAUAGUACUGGCGGAGCCACUUCAAGCAUAAUGGGUGCAAGUGCACCAGGUAUAUUUUAAAUAUUUGACUUUUUACAUAGGAUUUAUAAGAAGAAUGUGGCUAUUUGGUUAAGUUUGCACCCAUAAUUCCCUAUCAACCUAGGUUCGAUAGCUCCUACACUUUUUUAUAAGUUAUUGACCUUUUUCAUUCACCUGCACUACUUAAAAUGCUUUGUUCCUUUCCAAGUCUCUGAACGCGCUUUUCAGAGUCCAGCGUUUGAACACUCACGCCACACACUUGCAAACUAAACACAAGAAAAACUAGCCGAAGAGAAUCCACGUGCAAUACAACCUGCUUGUUCGUAGUAAAAACUUCUCCUUGGCUAACUAACCUCAACUUUCAGCGUUUACAAACGCAGAAACCUCAUACAUAACAUUUAAAGGGGAAAAUGGGUUUUGGUGACUAAAUAUUCAAAAAAACUUGCAUGAAGAGAAAAGGAAAAAAAAAUUUUGUUAAAAGGAAAUUUUCUAGAAAUUUUAUCAAAUUCUUUUUCUUUUCCAAAAUACACUGAAAAGGAAAAUAGGGUCUAUAAAUACAGCAACAAGGAGGAGGAGGAGGAGGAGGAGGAGGAGAGGAAGAGUUGGUGAGGUUUUUCUGUUGAAGAGAUCGAGUCGUGGAUAUGAUGAUGAUGAAGAAGAAGUCAGAUGCUGAAGAACGUGGGAAUCUACCGGUAUGGGAACAAAAAGAAGAGUUUAUCCGAACUUUGAAGGAGAAUCAGAUGGUGAUGGUGACGGGUGAGACCGGUAGUGGUAUCCAACAGUUUGUUUUAGAAGCAGUGAUGGAUGAAAAACCUAGCGCCUCUGGUAAGUGGUUGGUUGGGUGGACGCAGCCUCAUGAAGUUGCAGCCAUGUCCGCGGCACGUCGUGUGGCUGAAGAGAUGGACGUAAAGAUUGGGGAAGAAGUGGGUUACACAGUCCUUUCCGAGGAUUGCAGUAGCUUCCGAACGGUGCUAAAGUACAUGACUAAAAGAAUGCUUCUGAGGGAAGCCAGAGCGGAUCCGCUAUUAGCGAGAUACAAAGUGAUUGUCGUGGACGAAGUGCAUGAUAGAAGUUUAGCCGCCACAGAUUUACUUGGCAUUCUUAAACGCACCUUGAUAAGCCGACCUGAUCUUAAGCUUGUUGUGAUGAGUGCAACCCUACAGGCUUUUGACAGAGAGUAUUUUCGUGGUGCGCCUCUCAUCAAAGUCACUUCUGGUAGGCUCCUCCAUCCAGUGGAGAUCUUGUACACUCGAGAACCUGUGAUGGACUAUCUCGAGUCUGCUAUAAGCAAAGUUAUCCAGGUUCACACGUGUGAGCCACCUGGUGAUGUUCUUGUUUUCUUGACCAGGAAAGAAGAGAUUGAACAAGCUUGCAGCCGAAUUGUCCUUACUCUUGGAGAUCAAGUCAGAGUUGUGCCCUUAUAUUCCUCUCUUCCACCAGCCCUGAAACGCAAGAUCUUAGAGCCUACACCAGAUUCAGUGAGAAAGAUCGUGGUCUCCACCAACAUUGCUGAGACUUCUAUGUCCAUUGACGGGAUUGCUUACGUGGUUGAUCCUGGGGUGUCCCCAAUAUCCCGAGCAAGUGCUGACCAGAGAGCAGGACGUGCAGGUAUAAAAUGUUUCAGGCUCUACACUGAGAAGACAUUCAAUCACUUCCCUCGGGAGACUCCUGAGACAUUUAGAUCAGACCUUGUUAACACUGUUUUGACUUUGAAAAAGAUGGGUGUGAAGGACUUGACAUCAUUUGAAUUUAGACAUCCUCCUCCUUCCCCUGAAAUGCUCCUUAUGGCCUUGACCGAUUUGUUUCAUCUGGGAGCUGUGGAUGAGGAAGGUAACUUGACAAAGAUAGGCCAGAUGAUACAGAGUUUCGAAGUGACUCUGUAUUAUCAUUGAUUUUUCGAACUUGACAAAAUGCUCCUUAUGCACUUUGAUUUUCUUUUUAUAUAUCUAGGCAUGGGCAUUCGGGUCAUCGGAUUGACUUCAUAUCAGAUGUUGUCGGAUUUGUGUCUUUCGGAUCUUAGAUACGAAGAUCUAAUAGGAUAAUUAGAAUUUAUCGGUUUGGAUUCAGUUUGGGUUCUCUCGGGUCCAAAUCGGUUUGGAUAUUAGAAAGUUGGACCUAAUAAGACAAUUUCUUUUUUUGGUUCGAUUGGUUCCGGGUCAGGGUCGGUUCGAAUCUUGUCUCGUCAAUCCCCAAAAUACCAAAAACAUACAUAAUAUAUGAAAAUAUUUAAAUAUCCAAAAUUUUAUCUAAAAUAUGAAUUGAAGACAUAAAAGAUAUCCAAACUUUUAUCCGAUUAUCUAAAUUGUAUUUUUGAAAAUAAUAUAAAAAUUCUGAAACCCAAAAACAUACCCGAAGAUCCAAAUCUGAAACUUAAAAAAUACCCAUAAUAUCAAAAAUAUGUUGAAACAUCCAUAUAUACUUAAUAUACAACAAGUUUCAAGUAUUUUGGGUACCCCAUCGGGUCUUGAGUUCUGGUUGGAUUGUGUCUAAAACCCACGGGUCUUCCACAAUAAAACCCAAUAGAGUAAAAAUAUUGGUUUGGUCCAUAUCCGAAUCGGGAUUUUUUGGGUUGAUUUCGGGUUGGAUCUUCGGUCCCGGAAAAAUAUCCACGCCUACACUAAACUAAAAAGCUCUUAGAUAAAUCCAUAGUAUUUUAUAGUGUUUUUAAAACUGGACCGACCAUGUGGUUAGACCGGGUUCAACCAUGAACCGGAUAUAUAGCCGAGUUGGAUCUAAUAAUUGGUUCGACCAUGAAAUGAUCACAUAGUCAGCUUAGAUCUCAAAGUUAUAAAAUUAUUAAAAUUAUUAAAACUAUCAA